UGUUCUACAAUCUUCUUUCCUUGAGUGGCUAUUUGCACGGAAGUCUUUGGGUCUGGAAGCGCCUGAGGUCCAGGAGCUGAGUGCUCACAAAGAGCUUGAAAGCCCCUGGGAAGUUCAUCAGAAUUGCUGAAAGAAGACUAUCUCCAGAACCUUCCUUCCUUGGGAGAGAAUAGGAGAGUCUACACACUGUGAAGCUCAAGAUGGUCCUGAGUGGGGCACUGUGCUUCCGAAUGAAGGAUGCGGCCUUGAAGGUGCUUUAUCUGCAUGAUAACCAGCUUCUAGCUGGAGGGCUGCAUGCAGGGAAGGUCAUCAAAGGCGAGGAGAUCAGUGUUGUCCCCAACCGGUCUCUGGAUGCCAAGCUGUCUCCAGUCAUCCUGGGCGUCCAGGGAGGGAGCCAGUGCCUGUCGUGUGGGACAGGGCAGGAACCGACUCUGAAACUAGAGCCAGUAAACAUCAUGGAACUCUACCUCGGUGCCAACGAAUCUAAGAGCUUCACUUUCUACCGGCGGGACACGGGGCUCACCUCCAGCUUCGAGUCAGCUGCCUACCCAGGCUGGUUCCUCUGCACCGUGCCCGAAGCAGACCAGCCUCUCAGACUUACCCAACUCUCAGAGGAUGCCAGCUGGGGCAACCCCAUCACAGACUUCUACUUCCAGCAGUGUGACUAGGGCAAUGCACCCCCCAGAACCUACUUGGGCAGAGCCGGCUCAGGCAGGGGCGGAGGUAGAGGAGGACACCGAUGGCAACCUCCCCUCAUCUGUUCUCAGGGCCCCACCUCUGGCUGGGCACUUGGCCACUCUCCCUUUUGAUUCCUAGUUUGGGUAAAUCCUUCUGAGAUUUGGGGCUUAGUCCAUAAGUUUCUUUCCCUAUUGAGUGGUGCUACUGGUGUAGAACCUUGCAAAAACCACUCAAGAUAAACUGGAAGUCACAUGAAAAGUUUCCCAGGGGUCAGGGUGGGGGGAGUGUUGGAAGCCGUUUAUGCUUCAUGGUAACUUACCCAGUACCCCUGAGCCCCACAAGCCAGCCAAUCCCAAGUUGAGCCUAUUAGGGCUACCAGCUGCCCACAUGAGGUCCUGUCAUCUAUCACUAUGCAGGAGAGGGAGGUCAUAGAGUUAGGGACCCAAAACCCAGCCCGCUCCCUCUUUCCUGUAACUCAGCUGCCAUCAUAUUCUGCAUUUCCAUCUCAACCCUCAUGCGCUAGCCAUGGCAGGAGAGGGUGGUGGUGUCCAAGGAAUUGACUCCAGCUCAGAAGGCUGAAGAAUGGCCAGGCAUGUUAUAUGUUUUGAAACCUGAGGUGCCAUUAAAA